CUCUCUUUACCUCUUCCUCUCUGAUAGAACCAGGGUGACUGCGCCGUGAACGCGCACGGACCAGUGGGGCUCGCGGAGGAGCCGUGAGUGUGCGCGGCUGCUGCAACUUGACAGUUAACGUUUGCUAUUUAUCCGGAGGUGUUUACUCUAAACAAGGUUCCAGCAGCAGGGGGCUGAGCAGAAGGCUGUGCUGUGUGGCAGAGGACGGGGGCAGAGAGCGCUGGCCCCUAGGGCUCCUGGCUAACGAUGGACAACACCUCUCUUGGCAAAGUGAGUGGCUCCACCGAAUCAGUGGCCACUGUCACCAGCGAGGAGUUUGUGCUGGUGCAGCCGUCUACCGGAGGAUCCCCCUCGGGCUCAGAGGGCAAGCCCAGACUCAAGAUGUCCUGCAAUGGAAAGGAGCAGUUGGAGAGGGCCAUGGAGGAGCUGUUGGAUGACCACCACGUAGUGAUGGAGGACCGGAGUGGAGGAGCAGGAGAGGAGGGAACCGAGACGUUUUGCGACACAUUGAACUCCACAGCCCCCGUCCCACAGACACGACCCCAAGGCCUGGCGCUGUACUCCACACCUGCCGAGGUGUCAGUGUGUCCUGCAGCAGGCAGCCCACCAGUCCAGGAGGAGGACAGUGUUCAGUUCAGUAAGCUGUCCUACCUGGGCUGUACGUGGGUGAAGGCCCCACGCAGUGAGCCCGAGGCCCAGAGAGCCAUGACCACACUGCGGGCAGAGAGUGCCAUCCCCAUCCCCGUCACGCUCCAUGUGCCCAAUGUACCCGGGGGCUGCGUCAGGAUUGUGGACCAGGCAUCAGGCACGGAGAUCGCCUCCUUCCCCAUUUACAAGGUGCUGUUCUGCGCCCGGGGUCGGGAGGGCUCCAUCGAGAGUGACUGCUUCUCCUUCACUGAGAGCUACCGCAGCUCAGAGGACUUCCAGGUCCACGUCUUCUCUUGCCAUAUCAAGGAAGCUGUGAGUCGGAUCCUGUACAGUUUUUCCACAGCCUUCCGGCGCUCAUCUAAGCCAAACCCUGAUGAGAGGGACUCGGCCCUGCCCCUCUCCCCCGACAGUGACCUCUUCACUUUCACUGUCUCACUGGAGGUCAAAGAGGAUGACAGCAAGGGCAAUUACAGCCCGGUUCCCAAGGACCGAGAGAAGUUCUUCUUCAAGCUGCGGCAGGGCUUUCAGAAAAAGGUGGUUGUUAUGGUCCAGCAGAUGAGCAACAAAGAGCUGGGCAUUGAGAGGUGUUUUGGGAUGUUGCUGAGCCCAGGCCAGAAGGUUCGGAACAGUGACAUGCACCUUCUAGACAUGGAGUCCAUGGGGAAGAGCUCAGAUGGAAAGUCCUAUGUGAUCACGGGAACCUGGAACCCCAACAUGGCUGCCUUCCAGGUGCUGAAUGAAGACACACCUAAAGACAAGCAGGUGUACAUGACUGUGGCCGUGGACUUGGUGGUGACUGAGGUGUUGGAGCCAGUGCGCUUCCUGCUGGAGACACUGGUGCGCGUCUACCCGGCCAACGAGCGCUUCUGGUACUUCAGCCGCAAGGCCUUCAGCGAGACCUUCUACCUCAAACUCAAACAGGGUGGUGAGAAGGAUGGCCAGGCUGAUUCCAUGUUGGAGGUAGUGAGCCUGCAGAGGGAGACUGAGAGGAACAACUGGGGCCAUGUUGAGGAAGAGGAGCCUGAGGAAGAUAGUGACAGUGAGAUCUCCAGUGGGACCGGUGAUGUGUCCAAGGAUUGCCCUGAGAAGAUCUUAGAGUCCUGGGGUGCAAUCCUCAACAGAUGGCAUGGGAACUUGUCUGUGCGGCCUAAGGGCCUGACUGCGCUGGUGAAGCCUGGGGUCCCCGAGGCCCUCAGAGCAGAGGUCUGGCAGCUCCUCUCAGGCUGCCAGAGUGACCAGGCCCUGCUGGAGAAAUAUCGCAUCCUCAUCACCAAGGACUCUGCUCAGGACGGAGUGAUCACCAGAGACAUCCACCGCACCUUCCCCGCUCACGACUACUUCAAAGACACGGACGGAGACGGACAGGACUCCCUCUACAAGAUCUGUAAGGCCUAUUCAGUCUAUGACAAGGAGAUUGGUUACUGUCAGGGACAGUCCUUCCUGGCUGCGGUGCUGCUACUGCACAUGCCUGAGGAGCAGGCCUUCUGUGUGCUGGGGAGGAUAAUGUAUGAGUACGGCCUGAGGGAACUCUACAAGAACAACUUUGAGGAUCUGCACUGCAAGUUCUACCAGCUGGAACGACUGCUCCAGGAACAACUCCCAGAACUCUGGUCCCACUUCCAGGACCUCAAUCUGGAAGCUCACAUGUACGCCUCUCAGUGGUUCCUCACGCUCUUCACAGCCAAGUUCCCCCUCUGCAUGGUCUUCCACAUCACUGACCUGCUGUUGUGUGAGGGUCUGAACGUCAUCUUCAACGUGGCUCUGGCCCUCCUCAAGACGUCCAAGGAAGACCUACUUCAGACUGACUUUGAGGGGGCUCUGAAGUUCUUCCGGGUCCAGCUGCCCAAACGCUACAGGGCUGCAGAGAACGCCCGCAGGCUCAUGGAACAGGCCUGUAACAUCAAGGUUCCCACCAAGAAGCUGAAGAAGUUUGAGAAGGAGUACCAGACCCUGAGAGAGAGCCAGCUGCAGCAGGAGGACCCCAUCGACCGCUACCAGAGGGAGAACCGUCGUCUGCAGGAGGCCAGCAUGCGUCUGGAGCAGGAAAACGAUGACCUGGCCCAUGAGCUGGUGACCAGUAAGAUUGCCCUGCGGACCGACCUAGACCAGGCGGAAGACAAGGCAGACGUGCUGAACAAGGAGCUGCUCUGCACCAAACAGCGCCUGGUGGAGACGGAGGAGGAGAAGAGGAGGCAGGCGGAGGAGACGGCACAGAUUAAAGAGGUGUUCAGGAGAGAGCUGGAGAAAGCAGAGUCAGAGAUCAAGAAAACUACAGCUAUCAUCACCGAAUACAAACAGAUCUGUUCUCAUCUCAGCACCAGGCUAGAGAAGCAGCAGGCUGCCACCAAGGAGGAGCUGGACAUCAUCAAGAGUAAGGUGAUGGCGUGUGAACGCUGCAGGGAGGUGUUCAGUAAAGAAGGGCCUCUCCAGAUGCCAGCUCCCAGCAGAGACAACAGGAACAGUGAGCUGGACGAGGAGAAGGACUCCCUGAAGUCCCAGCUCAGAGAACUGGAGCUAGAGUUGGCCCAGACCAAACUACAGCUGGUAGAGGCCAAGUGUAAGAUCCAGGAGUUGGAGCACCAGAGGGGAGUCCUGAUGAACGAGAUCCAAGCGGCCAAAAAUUCCUGGUUCAGCAAGACCCUGGGCUCCCUGAAGAGCUCUACGGGCAGCACCUCCCAGCCCCCCUCCUCCCCCAAAGAUGGGCCCCUGUAGGCCUCUACACAGACCACCUUGGCUGGGGGGGGGGGGUCUCCGGAGAAGAGUCUACAGUAUGCACAGGAGAGCUUAUGAACACUACCUAAAUAACACCUGAGACGAUGCACUAUUCCCUUUCCAGGGGUGGAAGACAGCCACAGGACAUAGUCAGCCCUCUACACAUCUUCCUCUCUCUCAAACUCACCCACUUUUCCACUGGACCAGCCAACCACCCUUCUUCACUUGAGCUUUGAUGGAAAAAUGACAUGUCGUCAUUCGUGUUGUGUGGAACCAAGAUGGAGAAUGACUGGUGAAUCUAGUGUGGGUUGUCAUUUACACUGUUGGCCGGGCUCCUAGCUGUCUUCAAAAAGCCAAUCAUUUUGUCUUUGAAGUGAGAGAUUAGCGGAGUACUAUAGGAACUCUGGUCCUUAUAACGCCAAGGUGGACAUUCAAUAAAACCGCUCUGCCCACUGGUGAUAUAUUGCUACUGCUGAGUGACAAAAAUAUAUAUAUAGCCUAUCGGCAGGUUAUGUGGCUAACUGAUAUUAUGAGAAAUCUUAAGUGCUCUAGCAGUCUUGACCCUGACUUGUAAGGAUCACGCGACAGCUACAGGCAGUAGUUGACAGGCUAGGAAUACGUAUUUGCUGCUUAAAAAAGGCAACUACUACAGGACACAUCUUCCGCAUAACACAUCUUUACGGCUCAAUGAAAGGGGCGUACUGCAUUCAGAAUCUAAAAACUACAUCUUGUUUGUCCUUUAUAGUAAUAUUACGUAAACUAUGUUGUCCUAUAAAUGUGUAUAACUCAUUAUUGAUCUUUUUUAAAAAUCUUGUACAGUUCUAAAACAAAUAAGAAACGAUAAGAAAAUAAUAAUAAUUUGCAAUUUGAAUGUGGAGGUAAUUAAGCACAGUGUGAAAGAUCUGGGUCAAGUUCAAAUGUCGGGAGAACCAAAGUGACAUUCCUACUGGACUGUUUCAUUCCUGCUUCUAUAACACCAUAGCCUGAACACUGGGCUCACUAUUGUUUUUAAAGGUGCAGCGUAGUCUUCAAUAUGGUUUAACCGGGCUAAAAACUCAAAGGUAUACCUAAAGCUUAUCCACCACAUUAGGACCUACUGAGCUACUUAUUCCACUGGACUGAGCUCAAAUUUCAACUUCAAGUCAUUGUGUGUCACUCAAGUCCUUGCACAGAUCGUUCCAUUGAUCAGAGUGAAGCAUGAACCAAUCCUGAAGACAGGAGGUAACCUCAUUCUAACGUAAUGUUUAUGAAGGGCUCCCCCAUCUCUCUUCUAUUGUUAGCAGUCAUUGGAGUACUCCAUCUAUGCUACUUGGCUGCUUUAACUGUCUCCAUUUAACUCAGCCCAACUGCACCUUUACAAACCCUGACACUCACCUAACCAUAACUUGUAAAGCGCGGUAGUUGAAUAUAAACAGACAUGGCUCCCAAUAACAUAUGAAAUGUCAUGAUGAACCAAUGAAAUGGCAGAAUAGAAGGGCAUUCUUAUCAAAAAAAAAGACUGAGACCGUGAGGUGUGCAACAAGCAAUUGAACAUUCCAAAAUGUCUAUCCAAGCCAAGGUGUCCAUGAGGGUUAACAUAUGAUGGAAAGACUCAAUGGCCAUGCAGUAUAACAUAUGAUGGAAAGACUCAAUGGCCAUGCAGUGUAACAUAUGAUGGAAAGACUCAAUGGCCAUGCAGUGUAACAUAUGAUGGAAAGACUCAAUGGCCAUACAGUAUAACAUAUGAUGGAAAGACUCAAUGGCCAUACAGUAUAACAUAUGAUGGAAAGACUCAAUGGCCAUGCAGUAUAACAUAUGAUGGAAAGACUCAAUGGCCAUACAGUAUAACAUAUGAUGGAAAGACUCAAUGGCCAUGCAGUAUAACAUAUGAUGGAAAGACUCAAUGGCCAUGCAGUAUAACAUAUGAUGGAAAGACUCAAUGGCCAUGCAGUGUAACAUAUGAUGGAAAGACUCAAUGGCCAUGCAGUAUAACAUAUGAUGGAAAGACUCAAUGGCCAUGCAGUAUAACAUAUGAUGGAAAGACUCAAUGGCCAUGCAGUAUAACAUAUGAUGGAAAGACUCAAUGGCCAUGCAGUAUAACAUAUGAUGGAAAGACUCAAUGGCCAUGCAGUAUAACAUAUGAUGGAAAGACUCAAUGGCCAUGCAGUAUAACAUAUGAUGGAAAGACUCAAUGGCCAUGCAGUAUAACAUAUGAUGGAAAGACUCAAUGGCCAUGUAGUAUAACAUAUGAUGGAAAGACUCAAUGGCCAUGCAGUAUAACAUAUGAUGGAAAGACUCAAUGGCCAUGCAGUAUAACAUAUGAUGGAAAGACUCAAUGGCCAUGCAGUAUAACAUAUGAUGGAAAGACUCAAUGGCCAUGCAGUAUAACAUAUGAUGGAAAGACUCAAUGGCCAUGCAGUAUAACAUAUGAUGGAAAGACUCAAUGGCCAUGCAGUAUAACAUAUGAUGGAAAGACUCAAUGGCCAUGCAGUAUAACAUAUGAUGGAAAGACUCUCUCAAUAGCAAUGGGGAUUAACAUACAAUGGAAAGACAUUCAAUAGCAGCCCACUCAUUACACUCUGUUUUCUAGAGCCAUAUUAAUGCAUGUUUGUGCUGUGGACAGCUUCCAACAGACCUGCCAUGAACCACCGCUUUGGCCUCUAUUAGAAGCACUGUAGCGUUGGAUUCACCCUUUGGACAAAGACCGAGAGCGCUUGUAUACCUAUACGUGUGUGUCCUGCACUGACUGGUUCCAGGUGAAAUGGUUUCUUCACAACUCAGUGACUGUUGUUGUCUAAGACCCAGAACUAUGUCGAUGAAAUAAUUAGAAUUAAGCCAUCUCAAUAUAUUAUACUCUCAAAAGAUUGUCACCUGUGCUAUGGCAUUCCUGUCUGCCAUUUUAAGACCAGGAUGGGUGCGAGUAGGCAGGGACGGGGGUUGCGUCAAAUUUCUGAACCUGCUUCCUUUCCUUGUCUCCUUUCCUUUGUGACCACUGAUCUGAAAAACCGCAACAGUUGAAAGUAAUAUGAUGGAUGCCUGUCCAGGUGUUUCACAAUGGAAAGGCAGAGAAAUAAGGUCGCCAGUUAAGAAUAUUAGGACACAGCCAUGUUUUUAGGUGUGUUAAAUGGACAGCAUGUCUUUCAUAUGUGUCACAUGCUGUGUAAUGGUUUCAAAGUGCUUCAGCCAGAGUCCUAUCAAGUUUUACAAGGCUCAAGGCCUCUGUGUAUGUUUGCUAUGUGCACUAACAUUGCGUCAAUAUUUUAAACACUAUUUUAAGUUGAUUUGUACUCAUAAGUUAUUCAGAGAGCAAACCUACUUUCUUUUCUUCCUAAUUUUCUGUUGCUGAGAAGACAGUGGCCAAAUUAUAAUCAACUACAACGAUGCAAAACAAAUAACUUCAGAUUCACAAUAUUGUACAGUUAUGCUAUACUUCAACAGUUGUUCUUCUUUAGUUUCCAACAUGGGGGAGUUGUCCUUCCCUGUUCCUCGUCAUUCCCAUGUGAAUCUGUGACAUGCUGUAACUCUAAUGGUAUUUUCUGCACAGUAAUCGUCUGACGUACAUCAAUAAAAUUCCGUUCUCUGUCCACUGA